CUAUGAGGUUCCACCUGUAUCUCCUUGUCCUGGCUUUGGCUGCAUCAGCCUGUACAAGUGAGGAAGAACCCACUGAGGAAAAGGCUGAAGACAGUGAAGAAGAUUCCCUGAACAAUACAGAAGAUGACGAGAAAGAAAAAACCAAUGAAAUUGUGGAGGAAAAGGGUGUAUUGGUUCUUCAUAUAAAUAAUUUUGAGAGAGCACUUCAAGAGAACAAAUAUCUGCUUGUGGAAUUUUAUGCUCCUUGGUGCAGUCACUGCCGUGCCCUGGAACCAGAUUAUGCCAAAGCGGCCGAAAUCCUGAAGAAUGAGACAUCAGAGAUCCGACUGGCUAAAGUGGAUGCAAUUGAAGAAAAGGAGUUGGCUGAAGAAUUUGGCAUUCUUAGCUUUCCAAUAUUGAAGUUCUUCACAGAUGGGGAUCGGAAAAACUCCGUCGAGUUCUCUGGUAAGAGAACUCCUAAAGGUAUUGUUCAGUGGCUGAAGAGGAGAGCCGGGCCCAGUGCUGCUAUUCUAGAGACUGAAGAAAGUGCUCAGGAUCUAAUUGAUUCAGACAAUGUGGUUGUGAUUGGCUUCUUCACAGAUCUUGAGACUGACACUGUCAAAACUUUUUAUGAAACUGCCACAGAUGUAUUAGAAGCUACUUUUGGAGUCACAACAAGCCCUAAGGUUUUCGAAAAAUAUCAGGUGUCAGAGCCAGGAGUUGUGCUGUUUAAAAAGUUUGAUGAAAGACGUGCAGACUUCGAGAUUUCAGAGGGCAAAGAGCUGGAGAAAGAAGAGCUUGCAAAAUUCAUUAGGCAGAACAGUAUUGAACUUGUUACUGAGUUCAGUGAAGAGAAUGCAGACAAGAUCUUUAGCUCAGACGUACAUAACCACAUACUGCUAUUUGUCAAUUUGACUGUGGAGUCACAUACUCAGAUUUUAGAAACAUACCGCGGGGUGGCUGCAGACUUCAAGGGAAAGAUCCUGUUUAUCCUCAUUGAUGUAACUGCAGGUUUCUCACAUGUGUUGAAGUACUUUGGGUUGACCGAAAAUGAUGCUCCCACUCUUCGACUUAUUAACACAGACACAGUAAAGAAGUACGCUGUGGAAGGAAGUGAUAUCACAGCUGACAAGCUCCGCACCUUUUGCCAGGGUGUGCUGGAUGGAAUUAUUAAGCCCCACAUGAUGAGCCAGGAGAUUCCUGAGGACUGGGAUAAGAAUCCUGUUAAAAUUCUAGUGGGCAAGAACUUUGAAGAAGUGGCCUUUGAUGAAAACAAGAACGUGUUUGUUGAAUUCUAUGCCCCCUGGUGUGGACACUGUAAAGAGCUUGCACCAAUCUGGGAAGAACUAGGUGAGAAAUACAAAGACCACGACAACAUUGUCAUUGCUAAGAUGGACUCUACAGCCAAUGAAGUGGAGUCUGUCACUGUGUCUGGUUUUCCCACCAUUAAGUACUUUCCAGCUGGAUCAGAGAAAAAGAUUAUUGAUUUUACUGGGAAGAGAGACUUAGAAACCCUGACCAAAUUCUUGGAAAAUGGAGGGGAACUCCCUCAAGAGCCAGAUGAGGAAGAUGAUGAGGAAGAGGAUGAUGAAGAGGAGGAGGAAGAUGAAGAUGAGGACUCUGAAGAAUCAACGACUGAAACCCCAAAACAUGGGAAUGAGACAGCCAAAGAUGAAUUAUGAUUUUUAUUUAAAGCUUGUCCUUUCAUCUUCAAUUUACAAGUGCAGGUAACAAGUACUAUUAAAAAUAAAGGGAUAUGCAUUAUUCAAUAAAGUUUUCUAUGGAA